AUGUCAUUUGCCGAUUUAGGCACGGAACACCUCUCUGUCCUCGGUCUCUCGUCGGGGGGUGAGAGCGACGCGCUGGCUGGACUUCUCGCCGCCACUCGCCAGACCCCCCUGGCAGAUGAUCCCCCAGUGGACCGACAGGUCAGACCCCGUGAGACCCCCGAACCCGCCAAACUCUCUCGCUCAGUCGGUUCCCGCUCACGAACCCCCCAGCAGACCCCUCCGGUAGAUGAUCCCCCAGCAGACCGACAGAGCAGAAACGGCCCAACAAGGAAGACUCACAAGACACAGGAAAGUUCCCACAGACGUGUCGACGGUCACGCGUCAUCGCGGCCCUUGCAAACCAGUGAGCCUCUUCAGACACCUGAGUCUGUGUCCUUUAGGGCGGAUGAGACGACAGAUGUUGGGGAGUCAUUUCCUGAGUUGAAAGACCUUGUACACGGAAAGUUGAUUCGACCGCUGACAGACGUGCUACAUGUGACUGAUUUGACACGUAUUCAAAAAUUAAGUUGGAAACCCAUGGUUGAUAAAACUCGUGAUGUUCUCAUACGAAGUGAAACUGGAAGUGGUAAAACACUGGCGUACGCCCUACCUUUAUUGCAUCAGUUGUUGUGUGAUUGUGAUAGAGAACCUAUUCAGCGUCAGGUUGGAACUAUCCUCAUCGUAUUAUGUCCUACCCGAGAAUUAGUAGUACAAGUCACGGAUGUUCUCAGUGCUCUCACUCGAUGUGCUCUAUUUCUUACAGUUGGUGGUAUUCAUGGAGGAGAAAAUCGACACAAAGAAAAAGCGAGAUUGCGCAAAGGAAUUCCCAUUUUAAUAACAACCCCUGGAAGACUCCUUGAUCAUCUCAAGGCAACGUCAUCUUUUCGUGUUGAAGAGACACAGACUAUCGUCUUAGAUGAGGCUGAUCGACUCCUAGAUAUGGGAUUUGAGCAGGCUAUCAGGGAAAUCAUGGAGUUACUUCUUACUAAAAAAGGAAACCCGAAACAUUUAGAAGCAAAUCGAAAGUCAACUUCACAAGAAGGGGGCGGAGGUCAGUAUCUUAAACGUGUAUUGGUAUCUGCUACUAUAACUGCAGGUGUUGAGAGACUCUCCCACUUUGCUCUCAGGAGGAACGUUGUUCGUGUAGGCGAAACAGAAGAUACAUUUUCUAUUCCAUCUUCUCUUCGUCAGCACUACACCGUAGUACCAACAAAACAUCGACUAUCUACUCUUAUCAGUUUCCUUCGUUCUCAGCUAGAUGCUGGGGCACAAAGAAUCGUGGUUUUCGUAUCUACAGCUGAUAGUGCAGAGUUUCAUUAUUGUCUCUUAUCAAGAUUAAAGUCCCCUUUUUAUGGUUCAAGAAAUACCAAUGGACCUCAUGUGACGCCUCAUCAGCGUGCACAUCGUUACAGUGUGAAGAAGCGAAUGGAAGAGGCUAAUAGGCAUGUUUAUGAUAAUAGCGAAGAUGUUGUUACCUUUGAUGAUGAUGAUGAUGAUUCAGGUAAUGAGGAUAAUGGAAAACCUUUAUUAGAAACAAACACCCUCCUUAAUGUAAACAUCUUCAAGUUACAUGGUAAUAUGUCACAGGUAGAUAGAGCUUCUGUUUUUCACGCCUUCAAACACGUCAAUGAAAACUCUAAAGAUCGAGAAAAGGCUAUUCUAUUCUGUACAGAUGUGGCUGCCCGAGGACUGGAUAUGCCCAAAGUGGACUGGAUCGUACACUAUGAUCCACCAACAGAUUCGGCGUGCUAUGUACAUCGUAUUGGACGGACCGCUCGUAUUGGUAAUGUUGGUGAUUCUGUGCUUUUUCUCAUGCCACAUGAGGAAAGAUAUAUCUCUUAUUUGAGUAACUUUAUCGCUAAAGGAAAUAGUUCUUCUUCGCCUCAAGAAAAGGUUUCUUCAUCAGUGAUAGAGGAACGAAAGUAUGAGUCAUUUUUAUUUUAUCUGACCAAAUUAGAUCCCAAGUCUAACCACAUGUGGAUGGAUAGCACAGCAACUCUUGAACGUGCUAUCAGUAAACUUGUUAUGAAACGAAAUGAAAUUGGAAGUUCUCAAACUGAGGAAAAAGAGAGUAGGGAUGACGAUCUCACUCGACUUGCACUUUUUGCAUAUCAAUCCUACAUGCGAGCCUAUGCCGGAUAUUCUAGAGAACUUAAAAGGCUCUAUUUUAACUCAGAUUCUCUUCAUCUUGGUCACGUUGCACAGUCUUUUGGCAUUGAUAAGAAGCCCAGCGAGGUUCGUGCACAGUUGCAGGGUCUCAUUAAAGCGGACAGGAAGGUCGCACGGGAGGCAUCAUACCUAGCGACAGAGAAAGAGACUGGCCGAACACAAAAGAAGCUACGCGUGGAAGUUACCCAUGAUGAUCGCUACAGGAGUAUGAUUGUCCAAAAACAGCGCAAGGUGACUCGUGAUUGGUACGAUAAAAAGAAGUCUGAGGAGGGACCCUCACACAGGGCACUCCAGUUUACUGAAUUUGACGCCUAA